CCACUCGUGUCAGUUGUAUCAGCCACGACGCAACGGAGAUUCUCUUUCAUUUUAUUCGUGACUUGUACGGAAUAUUAAGCAACAUGAGUCGUGUCAGAACGAAGACAGUCAAAAAGGCUGCGAAGCUGAUCAUUGAGAAGUAUUAUCCACGUCUCACGUUGGAUUUUCAUACCAACAAGAGAAUAUGUGAGGAGAUCGCUAUUAUUCCCAGCAAAUCUCUGCGCAACAAGAUUGCUGGAUUUGUCACUCACCUGAUGAAGAGGCUUAGGCACAGUCAGGUACGUGGUAUCUCCAUCAAGUUGCAGGAGGAAGAGAGGGAACGCAGAGACAACUAUGUUCCUGAGGUCUCUGCCUUGGAGCACGAUAUCAUUGAGGUUGAUCCAGAAACCAAGGAAAUGUUGAAGAUGCUCGAGUUCAACAACAUCACUGGACUCCAACUCACCCAACCUGUACCACAAUUUAGCAGGCGUUCUUAAAUAAUUACUUUUUCAUUCGAUAAACAUGGUUGGUUUUGCAUUUUUCAAUAAAAUUGCAAACUAACGUACACAA